AUGGAGCGAGUUCAAAUCGAAUUCAGUGGAAUCCAAAAAGUGACUGGAGAUCCUCUCCCUUUUGCAAGAAGGUACUCUCUUUCUUCUGUAUUCUCUGUUUGUGGGUGUGUGACUGUGCUGUUGUCAUUACUGUUUUAUGAAUAUCUGUUUGUUUUUGAAACUGCUUUUGCUAUUUCGGGUGGCCCAUGCUUUAAUAGCUAUCAGUUGGAAGCUUUGGAGAAAGCAAUUAAGCAGAACACAAUUGUGUUCUUGGAGACCGGUUCCGGGAAGACUCUGAUUGCUAUUAUGCUUCUGCGUAGCUAUGCGUACCUUCUCCGCAAGCCAUUGCCAUAUAUUGCAGUUUUCUUGGUCCCGACUGUUGUUUUGGUCACUCAACAAGCUGAAGCUGUGAAAAUGAACACUGAUUUGAAAGUGGGCAAGUACUGGGGAGAAAUGGGAGUUGACUACUGGGAUGCUGCUACAUGGAAGCAGCAACGGGAUGAGUAUGAGGUGUUGGUAAUGACGCCUGCUAUCUUACUUGAUGCUUUGAGGCGUAGCUUUUUGAAACUUGACAUGAUAAAGGUCCUGAUAUUCGAUGAAUGCCAUAAUGCGAGAGGUAGACACCCAUAUGCCUGCAUUAUGAUGGAAUUCUAUCACCGUCAGUUAGCUUCAAAUCAUUCUCAGCUUCCUAGAAUAUUCGGGAUGACUGCUUCCCCCAUAAAAGCAAAAGGUUCAAGCUCAGGAUCGAACUACUGGAAACAGAUUAGUGAACUUGAGAAUCUUAUGAAUUCUAAGGUGUACACAUGUGUCAAUGGCUUGGUGUUGGCCGAGUAUAUUUCAUAUUCGACUCCUAAGCUGAAGAUUUAUAAACACAUUGAUAUUCCUGCUCCGUUAUUUGAAUGCUGGGAAAAUGGAUUGGAGAGUUUGAGAAGAAAGCAUGAAACCUAUCUCAGAAAAUCAAAUAUUUCAGAGUCUACAGCAGAAUUAACAAAGAAAAGAUUAUUGAGGCUUUCAUCAACCUUCAUGUUUUGUUUGAGUGAGCUGGGUGUUUGGUUGGCUUUAAAGGCUGCAGAGUCCUUGUUGUGUGAAGAAAUUGACAUCUUUCAAUGGGGGAAAUUGGAUGUAUGUGGUGAGAAGAUUGUAAGAGAUUUCUGUUGUGAUGUGCUUGGUGCUUUCUCCACUUACAUACCAUCAGGUCCCCAUUGGUCCAUUGGUAAUGACAGAAAUUCUGACUUGGUUGCUGGGUAUCUAACUUCAAAAGUCAUCUGUCUCGUAGAAUCUCUUCUUGGAUACAGGGAUUUCAAAGAUUUGAGAUGCAUAAUUUUUGUUGAAAGGGUGAUAACAGCGGUCGUUCUUCAAAAAUUUUUGAGUGAGUUGCUCCCAAAAUUAAGUGGUUGGAAGACAGAAUACAUGGCAGGGAAUCACUCUGGGCUGCAGACACAGAGUAGGAAAGAACAAAACAAAAUUGUUGAAGAAUUCCGCAAGGGCAGGGUGAACAUCAUUGUUGCAACCUCAAUUCUCGAGGAGGGUUUAGAUGUUCAGAGUUGCAUCCUUGUUGUCAGAUUUGAUCCCUCGGCGACUGUUUGUAGUUUUAUUCAGUCUAGAGGUCGUGCUAGAAUGCAGAACUCAGAUUUUUUAUUAAUGGUGAAAAGUGGGGACACUUCAACACUUACUCGAGUGAAAAACUAUCUGGCUAGUGGAGACAUAAUGAGGAAGGAGUCUUUACAACAUGCUUCCCUUCCUUGUGCACCUCCUGAUAGCGAAAUGUACAACGAGGCUUUUUAUAUGGUUGAAACCACAGGAGCGAUUGUGACUCUAAGUUCUAGUGUGGCUUUGAUUUACUUCUAUUGCUCACGGCUACCUUCUGACGGGUAUUUUAAACCCUCCCCUAUGUGUAAGAUUAACAAGGAGUUGGAAAUCUGCACCUUACAAUUACCUAAAAGCUGUCCAAUCACCACUGUUGAAGUUCGUGGCAAUGUCAAAACACUGAAGCAACUUGCAUGCUUAGAAGCGUGCAAGCAGCUUCAUCAGAUUGGUGCCUUAACAGACAAUCUUGUGCCUGAUAUUAUGGAAGAAGCUGAUACACAAGAAUUGGGUUAUGAACCUAAUGUCGAUGAACAAAUGAACUACUUCCCUCCAGAAUUGGUUAGCCAAUUCGAGGAUGAUUCUGUGAAGUCGUAUCAUUCCUACUUAAUUGAGCUACGGAGGGACGUCGAGUAUAAUAUUCCACUUCAGGAUAUUGUCCUUGCUGUGAGGACUAAGCUUAAUUUUGAAGAUGACAGCUUGGCUUUUGAUUUAAAAGUUGAUAGGGGCAAGUUAACUGUGAACAUAAAAUAUGUUGGAGUUGUUAGUCUUACUUCUGAACAGGUUCUUCUGUGUCAAAAGUUUCAAAUCACGCUUUUCAGAGUUAUUCUUGAUCAUAAUUUGAACAAGCUGAAGGAGGUCUUAGAUGCAUGCCAUCACAGGAAUGAUGCUGCUGUGUUUGACUAUCUCCUGGUUCCAUGUACCAGCUCGCCUCGAACUUCAUCUAUAAUUGAUUGGAAAUGUGUUAGUUCUGUGAUGUUUUCAAGUGAUAAUCUCUGGGACCAUCAUAGUUAUUGUUCUUCCAAGGGUUAUGGUGGUUGGGUGCACACAAAGAAUGGUGUGGUAUGCCGCUGCAUGUUGAAGAAUUCUUUAGUGUGCACACCUCAUAAUGGUCAUGUGUAUUGCAUUGCUGGCACUCUCCCAAAUUUGGAUGGGAAUUCACUACUGCAUCUGAGGGAUGGAGAAGUUGUUUCUUACAAGAGAUACUAUGAAAAACGGCAUGGAAUUAUAUUGCAUUUUGAAAGUGAGCUAUUUCUUAAGGGGACCCAUAUUUUCACAGUGCAAAAUUAUGUUCAAAGAUGUAGACAACAGAAGGAGAAAGAGCGAAGUAAUGCAUCAGUCGAAUUGCCUCCAGAACUUUGUUUCAUAAUCAUGUCUCCCAUAUCCAUCUCUACGUCUUAUUCAUUCUCAUUUGUUCCAUCUAUCAUGCAUCGGAUCGAGUCUUUACUUAUUGCGGUCAACUUGAAAAAGAUGCACGCGAAUCACUGCACGCAAAAUGUUGUUAUUCCAACUGUCAAGGUUUUGGAAGCAAUUACCACCAAGAAAUGCCAAGAACAAUUUCAUUUGGAGUCGCUGGAGACCCUUGGGGACUCCUUUCUAAAAUAUGCCGCUAGUCAACAGCUAUUCAAGACCUACCAAAAUCAUCAUGAGGGCCUUCUUAGUGCCAAAAAAGAAAGAAUUAUUUCCAAUGCUGCGCUAUGUAAGCUAGGAUGUGAUCGUAAACUUCCGGGCUUUAUUCGCAAUGAACCUUUUGAUCCUAAAACAUGGAUCAUUCCUGGUGAUAAUUCAGGGGAUUAUGCAUUGGAUGAAGAGCUGCUUUCUAGUGCUACAAAACUCUAUAAAAGAGGGAAAAGAAAGAUGAAAAGUAAGACAAUAGCUGAUGUUGUUGAGGCACUAAUUGGUGCAUUCCUAAGCGCUGGAGGUGAAAUAGGAGCUCUAUCAUUCAUGGAUUGGCUUGGUAUAAAGGUUGAUUUUGUCAACAUACCAUAUGACAGGCACUUCCCAGUGAAACCAGAGAUGCUUGUUAACAUCAGAUAUUUGGAAUCCUUAUUGAAGUACUCCUUCCGUGAUGCUUCUUUGCUAGUGGAAGCUCUAACUCAUGGUUCUUACAUGUUGCCUGAGAUUCCAAGAUGUUAUCAGCGUCUAGAAUUUCUUGGGGACUCCGUGCUCGAUUUUCUCAUAACAAUGCACCUCUACUGUAAAUAUCCUGGAAUGUCACCUGGACUAUUAACUGAUCUAAGAUCAGCUUCUGUUAACAAUGAUUGUUAUGCCCAAUCUGCUGUUAAGGCUGGGCUGCACAAACACAUUCUCCAUGCUUCACAAGAGCUUCACAGGCACAUAGUCACCACAGUUGACAAUUUUGAGCAACUAUCCUUGGUGUCAACUUUUGGAUGGGAAUCUGAGACAUCGUUCCCUAAGGUCCUUGGAGAUAUUAUAGAAUCUCUAGCAGGGGCAAUUCUUGUUGAUUCUGGAUACAACAAAGAGAUUGUCUUUCAAAGCAUCAAGCCUCUUCUGGAGCCCUUGAUUACACCUGAAACAGUAAGACUCCAUCCAGUAAGAGAGCUGAAUGAAUUAUGUCAGAUAGAACAUUAUAAUAUGAGCAAGGCUGUUGUGUCUUGUGAUAAAGGUGUGGCAUCCAUUACUAUAGAGGUUGAAGCAAAUGGUAUCAUACACAAGCAUUCAUGCACCGCUGCAGAUAAGAAGACAGCCAAGAAAAUAGCUUGCAAAAUUGUUUUAAAUUCUUUAAAAGAAGCCAUGUCUACUUGUACACGGGCAUAGCCACAUGUAGUGCACCGUUCCCUCCGAAUGGAGAGAUUUCUACUUUGUCCAUGUCAGCACAUGGACACAUUUUCUUGCGAAGUUUCAGAUAAAUGUCCGUACAUAUACGCACCACACAACUUCCCUGUGAAGUUCCCGACAUAUCUGCAUUGAUCUCACCGAUACCUGUUAAAUGGUCAUCUAAAGUUAUGUGGUGGCUACCGUACCUUAAUUUGGAUGGAUCGAAUGGUGGGUAGUAGGGUGGUUAGCUGCAGAUUAUUGAACAAUGUUGCAUUGUUUCACUUGAAGGAAGCUUGAAGAAUUGAGUUUUUAAAAUAACUUUUGGGUGGGCAAAUCAUUGGAAAAUGAUAUUGUUCAUCAUUUUGUAGGCGUCUGAAGAUGAAACUUUGUAAUACUUUAUUUGGUUUAUGUAAUGAAACAGUAUUAGGCAUAAGUGUAUGACAAGUUAUGGAGAAUUUUCAAGUUCUUUUUUGAUUUCUUCUUCUUUUGUUCCCACUUCACCCUCAGAUAAGCAUGGCUUUCUUAGUUUGGUUCAGCCGAAAUGAAG